AUGAGCCCAUUGACGAAAUCUCGUCAGAGAGCCAGUUGGUGCACCCGGCUGUCUACUGACGAAAAUCUUUGGUUUUUCUGGAACGGAUACAUAAAAGAAAUACGGGAGAUAUACUCCGACAUUCCAAGUUUCGAUUUUUCUACAAACUGCUACCAAGCAUUAAUAGUUCGGCAAGUCCCCCUAUUAGUCGUCAUUGGCCUCAACAGUCUGGUGUGGUAUGAGGACAAUCCUCAGGCGAACGAGGGUGUUUCUGACCCAUUGAGUCAACUCAGCUGGUUAAGAAGAACGCUUAAUGCAGUUCGAGGAAUCAAGGCAAAGUUAAAUCCACAAAUUUCUUGCAUGUUAUCCAAUGGGUAUGCCAUCGUCGCAACUCAUAUCCCUAUCGGCGUUCACGAAUUAAACGCAGAAAACAACGUCUACUUGAAGUUCAGUUACAACGAGCAGCUAACGCAGCUACUUCGCGAAUAUGCCGACGUGAUCAUAACUACGCUGGUUUCACACUUACACACUGAUACCUUUCGCGUUGUUCUGGACGAAGAUUAUAAUCCAGUUGGGACCUUAUUUCUUGGACCUUCUGUGGAUCCGUUAUACAUGAAGGGGAUUGGAUCUUUUAAUCCACGCCUCCGUCAGUUUCACUACAACAGAAAAACCGGUGUCCUGAUGGAUUAUACUCAGUAUUAUCUUAAUUUUAGCGGACGUGCCCCCACAUAG